AUGAGAUCCCUAGACCCUGCAGGCACUGGGAGAGCCCUCCCUGGGCACCCGAGAUGUGACCCGCCCCCCUCCAGAAUCCAAGCCCCUGCAGGCACUGCGAUAGCCCUCCAUGGUCACAGGAGACACGACCUGCCCCCGCCCAGGUCCCCAGCCCUAGCAGGCACUGUGAGAGCCCCACCCCCCCCAGGGACCCCAGACGAGACCCCGCAACUGCCCAGGUCCCAAGCCAUUGCAGGCAUUGCGAGUGCCCUUCUCGGCUCCCUACAAAUGACCCGCCUGCGCCCAGAUGCCCAGCCCAGUAGGCACAGCGAGAGACCUCCCUGGCACCCCAGAUAUAACCCCGCCACCUGCCCAGGUCCCAAGAACCAGCAGGCAUUGCGAGAGACCUUCCUGGGCAACCGACUUGCGACCGGCCGCGUCCUUGAUCCCCAGCCCCUGUCGGCACUGCGAGAGCCCUCAUUGGGCACCCAGACGCGACCCCACCCUCGCCCAGAUCCCCAGCCCCUGCAGGCACUAUCCCCGGCCCAGCAGGCACUGCGAGAGCUCUCCCUGGGAACCCGAGACGCGACCCGCCCCUCCCCAGACCCCCAGGCCCUGCAGGCACUGGGAGAGCCCUCCUUGGGCGUCCCAGACGCGACCCCGCCCCAGCCCAGAUCCCCAGGCCCUAUGGGAACUGCAAGAGCCCUCAUUGGGCAGCCAAGACGUGGCUCGCCCACGCCCAGGUCCCGAGCCCCUGCAGACACUGCGAAGGUCCCCAGCACCUGCAGGCACAGCGAGCGCCCUCAUUGGGUACCCGAGAUGCUAGCCCGCCCCCCUCCCAGAUGCCCAGCCUCUGCAGGCAGUGCGAGAGCCCUCAUUGGGCACCCCAGACGCGACCCUCUCCUGCCCAGGUCCCAAGCCACUGUAGGCACUGUGAGAGCCCUUCCUGGGCACCCGAGAGUCGACACGCCCCCGUCCGGGUCCCAGUCCCUGCUGGCACUGCAAGAGACCUCCCUGGGCACCCAAGUCGUGACCCGCCCCUGCCCAGGCCCCCAGCCCCUGUCCCCAGCCCUAGCAGGCACUGUGAGAGCCCCACCCCCCCCAGGGACCCCAGACGAGACCCCGCAACUGCCCAGGUCCCAAGCCAUUGCAGGCAUUGCGAGUGCCCUUCUCGGCUCCCUACAAAUGACCCGCCUGCGCCCAGAUGCCCAGCCCAGUAGGCACAGCGAGAGACCUCCCUGGCACCCCAGAUAUAACCCCGCCACCUGCCCAGGUCCCAAGAACCAGCAGGCAUUGCGAGAGACCUUCCUGGGCAACCGACUUGCGACCGGCCGCGUCCUUGAUCCCCAGCCCCUGUCGGCACUGCGAGAGCCCUCAUUGGGCACCCAGACGCGACCCCACCCUCGCCCAGAUCCCCAGCCCCUGCAGGCACUAUCCCCGGCCCAGCAGGCACUGCGAGAGCUCUCCCUGGGAACCCGAGACGCGACCCGCCCCUCCCCAGACCCCCAGGCCCUGCAGGCACUGGGAGAGCCCUCCUUGGGCGUCCCAGACGCGACCCCGCCCCAGCCCAGAUCCCCAGGCCCUAUGGGAACUGCAAGAGCCCUCAUUGGGCAGCCAAGACGUGGCUCGCCCACGCCCAGAUCCCGAGCCCCUGCAGACACUGCGAAGGUCCUCACUGGGAACCCAGACGCGACCCCGCCCCCCCCAGAUCCCCAGCCCCUGCAGGCACUAUGCCCAGCCUCUGCAGGCAGUGCGAGAGCCCUCAUUGGGCACCCCAGACGCAACCCUCUCCUGCCCAGGUCCCAAGCCACUGUAGGUACUGUGAGAGCCCUUCCUGGGCACCCGAGAGUCGACACGCCCCCGUCCGGGUCCCAGUCCCUGCUGGCACUGCAAGAGACCUCCCUGGGCACCCAAGUCGUGACCCGCCCCUGCCCAGGCCCCCAGCCCCUAUCCCCAGCCCUAGCAGGCACUGCGAGCGCCCUCCCUGGGCACCACAGAAGCCGCCCCGCCCGCUGCCCAGUGCCCAAGCCCCAGCAGACACUCGAGAGCCAUCCCUGGCACCAGAGAUGGGACCUGCCCCGCCCAGAUCCCCAGCUCCAGCAGGCACUGCGAGAGCCCUGCCUGGGAACGCCAGACGCGACCCAGCACCCUGCCCAGGUCCCCAGCCCCUGCAGGCAUUUUGAGCGCCCUCUCUGGGCACACCAGAUACGUCCCCGCCCCCUGCCCACGGCCCCAGCUCCUGCAAGCACUGUGAGAAGCCUCCAUGGGCACCAGAGACGUGACCCGCCCCUCUCCGGGUCCCAGCACCUGCAGGCACUGCAAGAGCCCUCGUUGGGCACCAGAGACGCUUCCCCGCCCCCUGCCCAGGUCCCAGCCACUGCAGGCACAGCGAGAGCCCUUCUGGGCAACCGACAGGCGACCCGCCCCCGCCCAGAUCCCCGCAUCCUGCAGGCAAUGGGAAAGCCCUCCCUGGCACCCCAGGUACAACCCCACACCCCGCUCCUGUCCCAAACCGUGCAGAAAUGGCUCUAG